UUAAAUUACUUUCUUCACGUAAAAAGAUCAAGAUACACAUUGCAAAGACUAUAAUUUUUGUGUUUAGGAUUUUAGCUCACCCUAUUUUAGAGUUAUUAUGGUAAAACCAUUACCGUGUUGCGCGGGAGCAGGAAAACUUGUGUUGGCUGCUUAGCUAGCUACGAAUAUAGUACUCAUUUGUGCGGUACGUCGCAAGAAGAAUGGCUCGGGAUUACAAACCUGGUGACCUGAUCUUUGCGAAGAUGAAGGGCUACCCUCACUGGCCUGCCAGGAUUAAUGACUACUCUGAUGGCGCUGUGAAGCCGGCCAACAUGAAGUUUCCCAUCUUUUUCUUUGGUACCCAUGAAACUGCAUUCCUCGGCCCCAAAGAUAUAUAUCCCUACCUGCCCAAUAAAGAGAAGUAUGCCAAGCCUAACAAGAGAAAGGGCUUCAACGAAGGCCUGUGGGAGGUUGAGAACAACCCAAAGGUGGAGCUGAAUGGAGAGAAGCAAAUGAUGCUGUCGGAUAACGUAACGGAGAAGGACUCUGACAGUAACCCGGAAGGGGACGAGGAGGGAGAUUAUGAGAAGAGGAAGAAACCCAAAGUGUCGGGGGCUGAGAGUGAGGCUGGACAGGAGGAGGAUGAUGAGGAGGAGGAGGAUGGGGGCAUGCAGGUCUCUGAACAGGGACAGCCCCAGGGCCAGGAUGACCCCACACCAAAGGAAUCUACAGACACUCCCAAACCCAAGAGAAGAAGGAAGAAAAAGAGUGAUGUAGAGGCCGACUCUGAGAAAGAGGACGCUGCCAACAGUCCCACAUCCAGCCCUCAAGGUGGAGAGGGCCCCACUCCUAAGCGGCGAGGCAGGAAGACCAAAGCUGAGAAGAUGCUCCUACUCCAGCAGCAGGACCCCCAGGGCUCAGGCAGUGACAUGGACACUGCUGAGUCGGAGAGAAAGAGAAAGAGGACGCCGGAAGACAAGUCCAAGAGAGGAGAGGAGGAGAAGAGGCUGGACGGGAGGAGAAAGAAGGAAGACAACAAAGGGAGAGAGUUGGAGGGGAAGAAGGACCCUGAUGCUAAACGGAGGAGACAGACCAAAGAGGAGAGCUCCUCUGACUCGGAGGACCAGGAGAAGAGCAAGGGGGCUGCGGGAGACCGCAAGCGGCAGCAUCCCACUCUGACCGAGACAGGGGACAAAGACGAUCGUCAACGACGCAAACAAGACGAGCAGAAAGAGCAAAACAAAGACAAUGGAAACAAAGUGGAUGAAAGGAAAGGAGACAAGAAGAAAGAGAUAUCCACAGAAUCGAGGCUGCAGAGGUUGCACGGAGAAAUCAAAAUAUCCCUCAAGAUUGACAACCCAGAUGUGAAGAAGUGUCUGGUGGCUUUGGAUGAGCUGGGCAUGCUGCAGGUCACCACCCAGCACCUGCAGAAACACUCAGACCUCAUUGCAACACUCAAAAAGAUCCGAAGGUUCAAGGCCAGCCAGGACAUCAUGGACAAGUCCACCAUGCUGUACAACAAGUUUAAGAGCAUGUUCCUGCUGGGGGAGGGGGACCAGCUGCUCAGCCAGGUGCUCAACAAGUCCAUAGCAGAGCAGAAGCAGCAGGAGGAGGCCAGGAAGGGAGCCCAGAGGAAGGCUGAGAGGGCCAGGGAGAACAACACAGAUAACAAUAUGAAUGGUGACUCCAGUCCUGAUGAUAAGAAGCAGGAGUCGGACAAGGAGAAGCCUGCUGAAGAGGCCUCUACAGGAGAUAACAGCAGGCAGUGUAGUGAAGGCCCAAGAGGAAUCCACCUGAUGAAGAAACAUCUGACUGACUAAACUGAAGGGGAUGUUGGUGCUGCUGACCUGCUCCUGAGUCCUGACUGAUCUGUGCUGAUCCCACCUGGACACACUAGUCCAAACACCACCAAUAAGAGGUUAACUCCUAUUGCUUUGACAUCAUGUCCCUCAAGUAGUACAAAUCCAGGCUCUUUUCUGGUCUGAACACGUCUUAAACCCUACAGAGCAGUGUCUUCCAAAGUCCUAUUUUAGAUUUAAUUAUUUUAUGAUGAACGCAUCCACUAUGGCUGUUUUUAAACUGAUGGUAGUAAAAAGUGGUUACACAAGGAAAAUGUUUAAUACUUGCAUAUCUAACCCAUCCCUGACCUCACUUUGUUUAAACUAUUCUGCUACAUGGUGAAAAAUGGACAGUAUCAUGUUUGAGAAGGUCAUGGCAAAAAUAGUGAGUCAAGGAAGCAUUAUAGUCUGUUUUAAAAUCACUUAACGUUUGACAUUGCAAGAUCUUUCAGUUCUACAAGAUAGAUUAAAUAUACGGUAGUUACUGGAAGGAGUCUGUAUUACUUGUUAGUUUAGUAAAAUUUACUCAAUACUGACCAAUAUUACUCCGGGUAGGUGCACAUUUUUGUUCUUGCACAGAAAGGAAAUACUACUUGUGUACCAAAGUUUUUUUCCACUCGCACACCCAAGUUUAAAUGUCUGUCUGUUGUUUAAGUCCUCCAAUUUGCUGACAAUGAUGUAAAUAAGAGUAUUUUUGUGCCUGUUUUGCCUCCUUUGUAAUAAAGCAUUGGUUCAGUAA